CCUUGUCCCUUCUUUGCUUGUCUUGCUGUUCGCUUUCUCGUUGUUUCGUGCUUUGUUUUACUUUGUGGACAUUCAGUGUUCCUUCUCUGUUGUCUCUCUCUUUCGCUCUCUCUCGCUCUUCUGUGUGUUUCUCGCUCUUCUCGUUUCUCGCUUCUUGUGAUCGCUCUGCCACUCCACGCGUCCCCCCUCUUCUUCUCCUCCCCUUUUUCGCUGCCAUGCCGCAGGAUGCCACCACUCCACCCUGCACUCCACUCAGUGGCUCUUCUAGUCACCGACCCGCAGCCGACGCUGCUGGCCGUGGCCUGAAGCGCGCACCAUCCGAUGACGACCUUUCCGCGUCCCGAGAAACCAAAUUUGUGGCAUCCGCUGCAGCAUCUGGAAUCACCCCGGUGCGAUCGUCCAAUAACAACUGCGCAGGGAGCAACGCGCUAACACCUGGCUCGUUGCCCCCACCGCGAUUGCACACUGCCGCGGCUGCUGCACUCCAGGCGCACCAGCAACAAUCCCCAACGGCAAGCUCAGAACCCCACCAGUGGCUGCAACCAAAGUCCGAGCAAGACUCCUCGUCUUCGUCCAUCCCCAGUUCGCCCGCUCCAGCCAUGAUGAUGAUGACGGCAAAUCUGCAAGACGCUGUCCACUUUCAGCCAAUCGCGUGCGCACCUACCGCCAUCCUAGCGCCUGCUCUGGCUGCUGCGACUGCUGCUGCUGCUGCCGCCGCUGCUGCCCAGGCGUGUGUGGCAAGCUCCAGCAGCAACAGUACGCUUCCCCAGCAGGUGGCUGUCCCAACAGCAACUCGCGCGGUCAAGAAGGAUUCAGAUCUGACGACGGCUGCCUCGCGGCACGAGCAGCAGCAGCAGCUGCUGCUGCCACUCGCCACGGCCCACGCGGUCGACCCCGCCGACGACAAUGUCCUUACCCCACUAUCAGCGCAAGUAGACCCACCAUCGCCGGUCUCGAAUUUCUCUGCAGAGCCCCAGAAUGGCGAGCCUCGCACUCCUCCGCUUGCGCAUCCACAAGUUCGCCGCCCUACGCCCACCGCCGCCAACCCGAGCCCACCAACCAGGCAAACACCUUCGCUGGAGCAGUACCUCUCCUCCAACAUGCUCCCGCUGCCAGAGAUUCUCCCAUUCGCUCCACCGCAUGUGGUGGACGAGUAUCAAUGCCGCAUGCGUCGGGAGGUGGACACGCUUGUUGUGCAGGCAGAAGAUGCCGCCCUUCCGCUGCUUGCUUCGUUUGAAGACUUGUGGGGGUUGGCUGCUCGGCACGAUGCCAACAACAACGAUGCGAGCAACAUCAACUCGGAUCCUGAAAAUCUACUGCGCCCAAUGGAGCAAGAGGGGCUCAGUGCCGACAACUUUUUCACUGGCCGCGAGUAUUCCCGCGAGCUAAUGUACACCAUGCGCCAGGCGGAGGCCGAUUUCACGGUCAUCCAGGACUUCAUGGAGGGUCAGCCCGAAAUUAGUCCGCGCAUGCGCGCCAUCCUCGUCGAUUGGAUGUUGGAAGUGCGUCUCGAGCUGCACCUCAGCAACGAGACAUUCUAUCUGGCAGUCAACAUUCUCGAUCGCUUCCUCGAGCUCGUCGACACGGCACGCGACACGCUGCAGCUCGUGGGCCUGACUGCCAUGUUUGUUGCAGCCAAGCACGAAGAAACUGUCAUUCCGGUCAUUAGCGACUGGCUGUACAUGUGCGACGGCCAAUUCCAGCAAGAGCAUCUCCUGCACAUGGAACUGAUGGUCCUGGACAAUGUGCGCUUCCGCCUCAAUGUUCCCACAACCUUCCUCUCACUGAUGAAGUUUAUCAGCGGCACCUCGCUCGAAGCGGUUGACCAGCGCAUUCUCUACCAAGCGCGCUACUUUUGCGACUUGGCCUCCGUCUCGUACUCGUUCGUCCCGGUGCGCCCUUCGAUGUUGAGCGCGUCCGCGUUGCUGUUGGCGCGCAUGUCGUGUCUGCCGGACGGAGACGAGCCAUUGUGGUCGGAUUUGCACCAACGCGUGACUGGCUACUCGGCAACCACCCUCAUGCCGUUUGUCAUUUUGCUGGCUGAUCUUGCGCAACGCGUCAGCCAUCUCCCGGCAACCGCUGUUCGUAACCUGUACCGCGGUCCUGGCUACCACUCCGUGGCCAGUCUUCCAGUCACUGUUCGCUUGCUCUGAGGGCGUUCGUUGUUGAGGGUGUCGGCUUCCCGUUUGGCUUGGGUUUUGGGCAGCCGCUUUCUUUGGAAAUCCCUACCUUCACCUCGCUUCGCCAACUACAAUGACACUUUCGGUUGCGGGUGCUGACCGCCUCCACUUCAACCAUGACAGCUUGGCUUUGCCCAUGGCUGUUCUUGUUUAUUGCUUAAAAAAAAAAUCAAACUUUCGCUUACUUUUUUCCCCCCCCCCCGUACUUUCGCCCGCCUCCGCACCCUCGCUUCUUUGUUAGAGUUUCUUUGACUAUUGUUUUUUUAUACCCACCUCUUCAUUUGUCGCUCCGCUGUAACGCUAUUCUUAAUACAUUGGUUUUUAA